AUGAAAAAGAAGAAGAGUACAUCUUCUGUUGUGUCUAAACAACAGCAAGGAGAAGAAGUAAGGAGGCUUAAACAAAAGAUAAGAGAAAAGGGUGAGGAUGCAACUAUGUCUGAGACUACCGUAUGUGUUCUCAUGGACCGUUUUGUUCCAAGGUAA